UACCUCACACACGGUCGCCUGCCUGCCUCCUGCACGCUGCUGCAGCGUUUCCCUGCUAGACAAACACAGAGAGAGAGAGAGAGAGAGAGAGUCUGUGUGUGACAGAGAGGGAGAUAUAUACAGUCUGUUUCUAAGCAAACAGCCUCAAGCUAAAGGAAGAAGAUCAAGCAGAAGAAAAAAAGGAGGAAAGGAAGAAGAGAAAAAGGAGAGGAGGAGGUAGAGAGAAAUAGAGGAGGGGAGGGGUGGAGGAAGACGAUGUGCAUUUCCUGAGUGAUUUCCUCGCGCGGCUGGCUGCGAGCAGAGCUGUGGCAGCGCGAGCUCAGCGCGCAUGGCUGUCCGGCUCCGCGCGCUCUCUGCCUCCGCCGUCAGCUCGUGGGCGCGAGAAAUGGCGCUGCGCUGCUGCUGCUGAGAGCAGGAAGACAGACUGACUGAAAGAGAGAGGGAGGAAGAGAGAGAUAGAGGGAUAGAUAGAGGGAGCAGAGGGGAAGAGAGAGAGAGAGAGAUAGAGUGGAAAAGAGAGAGAGAGAGAGAUAGGAGAGAGCAGGAGGAGGAGAACAGGGCAGGAAAGGAAAGGAAAGGAAAGAAGAGAGAGGAUAGAGAGAGAGAGAAAAAAGAGGAGAGAAGAGAGCAGAGUGCUCAAUGAUCAUCAGGACGUGUGCGCUUCUCCUCACGGGCGGAUUUGAACAGCAGUACCAUGGUGAAUUACCAGAAAUACAUCACUGUUAUGCAGCUGGCCUUAGGUGUUACAGCCUACAACAGAGACCGUAGCCUGCCUCCCCGAAAGCAUAUGUGGAUUUUCCCCAAACACGAAAAAGAUAAAUACGGGCCAGCUGUGUAUUAUCCAAGAGUCCACGGCUUCAUCCCCACUCCUGAUACAAUCUCUGUGGUGGCAGAAUCAGAAAGCUCCGUUCAAGGCAAGCCAUCUCUGCGUAGAAUCAAGGGCCGAAUCCAUCGCAGCAAAAGCCUGGACAGCAUCGACCUGCUGGACUCCAAUAGUGCAGCAAUGGAGGAGACAGUAAUAUGGGAACAGCACACAGUAACUCUACACAGGGCGCCAGGUUUUGGAUUUGGAAUUGCCAUCUCAGGCGGCAGGGAUAACCCCCAUUUCCAGAGCGGAGAGACGUCUAUUGUCAUCUCUGAUGUGCUGAAGGGAGGACCAGCAGAGGGCCUGCUGCAGGAGAAUGACAGAGUUGUGAUGGUCAACGCAGUCUCCAUGGAUAAUGUGGAGCAUGCAUAUGCAGUGCAGCAGCUUCGGAAAAGUGGGAAGAAUGCAAAAAUAACCAUCAGACGUAAGAGGAAGGUGCAGAUUCCCAUGGGGCGUCACGGAGAGAGAGAAACUAUGUCUGAGCACGAUGAAGACGAUGACAGCUAUGAGGACGAGAUCUAUGAAGUACGAAGUGGAAGGAGCGGACCCAGUGCGUAUAGCGGUGGUGGAGCUACAGGCCGGCGGAGCGGCAGAGGAGAGCGGCUGGGCGGGAGGAGGGAGCGGGACAGAGAGCGUAGCGGCUCCAGAGAGAGGAGUCUGUCUCCACGCUCGGACCGCCACUCUGUGUCCUCUAACCUGCCUCCACGCCCAGCCAAGGUCACGCUCGUCAAGUCCCGCAAGAAUGAAGCAGAAUAUGGCCUUCGCCUGGCCAGCCACAUCUUCGUGAAGGAUAUCUCCCCUGAGAGUCUGGCCGCCAGGGACGGCAACAUCCAGGAAGGAGACGUGGUGCUGAAGAUAAAUGGCACAGUGACAGAGAACCUGUCGCUGAUAGAUGCCAAGAAGUUGAUUGAGAGAUCGAAGGGCAAACUGAAGAUGGUAGUGCAGAGGGACGAGAGAGCCACAUUGCUGAACAUCCCUGACCUCGACGACAGCAUCCCCUCAGCCAACGCUUCUGACAGAGAUGAUAUUUCAGAUAUCCACUCUGUAGCAUCUGAUCACUCAAACCGAUCCCACGACAGGAAGAGGAGCAGUCGCUCUCGCUCCCCAGACCGUCGCUCAGAGCCCUCAGACCAUUCCAGACAUUCCCCUCCACAAAUCAGCAAUGGCAGUCAUAGGAGUCGUGAUGAGGAGCGCAUCUCGAAGCCGCUCCCCGUGCCUGCUAAGAUGGUGGAGGAAACGCCUAAAGCACUGGAGCAGGCUGGGACAAGAGAGGAGAAACAGCUCCCCCCUCUGCCAGAGCCCAAGCCUGUGUACGCCCAGCCUGGCCAGCCUGAUGUGGACUUGCCCGUUAGUCCAGCUGAUGCUCCUGUGCCUAGUGUAGCACACGACGACAGUAUUCUGCGGCCCAGUAUGAAGUUGGUGAAGUUUAAGAAGGGUGAGAGUGUUGGUCUGCGGCUAGCUGGGGGCAAUGAUGUGGGCAUCUUCGUGGCUGGUGUACUAGAGGACAGUCCUGCUGCUAAAGAGGGUCUGGAGGAGGGAGACCAGAUACUCAGGGUAAAUAAUGUUGACUUUGCAAAUAUCAUCCGAGAGGAAGCUGUGCUCUUUCUGCUGGACCUGCCCAAGGGGGAGGAGGUCACCAUUCUGGCUCAGAAAAAGAAGGAUGUGUAUCGUCGGAUUGUGGAGUCGGACGUUGGUGACUCGUUUUACAUCAGAACUCAUUUUGAGUAUGAAAAGGAGUCUCCAUACGGUCUGAGCUUUAAUAAGGGUGAGGUGUUCAGAGUGGUGGAUACACUGUACAAUGGCAAACUGGGCUCCUGGUUGGCAAUCCGUAUCGGCAAGAACCAUCAGGAGGUGGAAAGAGGCAUCAUUCCCAACAAAAACAGAGCGGAGCAGUUAUCUAGUGUGCAGUACACUCUUCCUAAAACAGCAGGAGGCGACAGGGCAGAUUUCUGGAGGUUUCGUGGUCUGCGGAGCUCUAAGAGGAAUCUGAGGAAAAGCAGAGAGGACCUCUCCGCACAGCCUGUGCAAACCAAAUUCCCUGCUUAUGAGAGAGUGGUACUGAGAGAAGCUGGUUUCCUGAGACCAGUGGUAAUAUUCGGUCCAAUUGCUGACGUUGCACGAGAGAAACUUUCUAGGGAGGAGCCAGACCUCUUUGAACUUGCAAAGAGCGAGCCUAGAGACGCUGGCACAGACCAGCGCAGUUCUGGAAUCAUUCGCCUCCAUACCAUUAAACAGAUCAUUGACAGAGAUAAGCAUGCCGUGUUGGACAUCACCCCUAAUGCUGUGGACCGUCUGAACUAUGCCCAGUGGUACCCCAUCGUGGUAUUCCUGAACCCAGACAGCAAACAGGGCGUGAAGAACAUGCGAACCAGGCUCUGCUCUGAGUCCAGGAAGAGUGCCAGGAAACUGUAUGAGCGUGCGCUGAAACUGAGAAAGAACAACCACCACCUCUUCACCACCACCAUUAACCUAAAUAACAUGAAUGACGGGUGGUAUGGCGCUCUAAAAGAGACCAUCCAACAACAGCAGAACCAGCUGGUCUGGGUUUCUGAGGGCAAGGCUGAUGGAGCUCCAGAAGAUGACUUGGACAUCCAUGAUGACCGCCUCUCCUACCUCUCAGCACCAGGCAGCGAGUAUAGCAUGUACAGCACUGACAGCCGCCACACGUCUGAUUAUGAAGACACGGACACAGAAGGAGGCGCUUAUACAGACCAGGAACUGGAUGAGACUCUGAAUGAUGAAGUUGGCUUACCCAGCGAGCCUGCGAUCACCCGAUCAUCAGAGCCUGUAAGAGAGGACCCACCUGUCAUCCAGGAUGCUCCCGGGUACCCCAGCUACCAGCACGCUGUGCCCCAGCCUGAGCCCGUGAACCGCAUCGACCCUGCUGGGUUUAAAAUGCCCGCUCCCCAGCAGCAGGCUGAGGCUGCUGUGGCCUUGCCCUCCUUCCCCACUGCAGUGGCAGCAGCAGCAGCGCCCCCUGCUGUUGAUCCCGCCACACCACUAGCGGGUAUGACCCCCGAGGAGCCACCUGGCACACCUCAGGCCGACUCCCUUAACAGCCCCGCCCCAGAACCCGACCCCCAGCUCGACCCUGAGCUCACUCAGCCCCCAACACACGACCCCCACCAGUUGCUUCCGCUCGGCCCAGAUCCAAAGAUGUAUAAGAAGGAUCUGUACAGUGUAGACGAGCCUGUGCGCGUAAACCACGGGAUGAAGCCUCAGCAGCAGCCACAGCAACAGCAGCCUAUAGCUCCCCCAACCUCUCUGUCCUACAGCCACCAGCCUGUCUACCAGGACAAACAGCCAUACCGCGAGUACGACCACCCGCCUUACGGCUACGACGGUGGCGGCUACGCUCAACCAAAGCCUCAUAACUACGACCCACACCUGCACUACGACAACCGUGUGCCUCACUAUGACGAGCAGUGGCCCCAAUAUGACCAGCAGACCUCGUCCCAGCCCCCACCCCCUGGGCCUGGCUACACUCAGGGCCACCAGCCACCACCUCCUCCUCCUCCAGUGGGUUACGAUCCUCGCUCCCCCUAUGAGGAUGGCCCCACGAGGGACUAUAGUCCUCCUCAGCCCCGUUACGAUGAGGCUCCUGUGGGUUACGAUAACAGGCCGCGGCACGUCAAGCCUGUUGUGCCCGUUCGCUACGAUGAGCCGCCUCCUCCUCCCCCAGUUACAUAUGAUGCCCGCUCUCCUUAUGAACCAGAGCCUCACACUUUCCCUAUCAAUGCCCCACGCUCGCCCGACCCUCCAAAACAGUAUUAUGGUGAUGCUUCAAUGAGACCCUCGUAUAAUCCGGGGCCUCAGAAUCGAGGCUACAAACCAGGGCAGCAUGAACCUUUGAAUUCAGAGCCUCCAGUUCCACCUCCUAAGCCAGAAGUGUUGCUGUCCCCAGGGGAACCUGUCCAUUCUGCAGCUUCGAAACCUCUGCCCCCUCCUCCCAGAGAAGACCCAGAGGAGGAUCCUGCAAUGAAGCCCCAGUCUGUUCUCAACAGGGUCAAGAUGUUUGAGAAUAAGCGCUCUGUGUCUGUAGACAGAGCCAAAGAGGCUGGAGAUCUGCCAGGAAUGAGGCCCACAGACCUCCCCAAGCCUGUGAAUGCACCGGGGCCUGUGCUUAAAGCCAACUCUCUCAGCAACCUAGAACAAGAAAAGCCGGCAUAUAGAGCACCUGAGCCACAGAAGCCCCAGUCUCGGUUAGGAGAGGAAGUCGUCCGCUCCAACCACUAUGAUGCCGAUGAGGAUGAAGAGUACUACAGGAAGCAGCUGUCCUACUUUGAUCGUCGCAGCUUUGACAACAAGGCAAUAACUCAGCCUGGAGUCAAUCGCUUUCAUGAUCUGGCUAAACCAUCACAGCUUCAGUUAGGAUACCCUUUCAACAGGACAGAAUCGGCUGAGAAGGUGAGCCCUGUGGAUAAGAGAUAUGAGCCUCUACCCCCGAUUAACCAUUCAGCGGCUCCUUAUGGACAGUCAGGUCCUCCUGUUCCCCCCACAUCUCUGCCCAAACUCAGCAACACUGAGGUGAACUCCAUACCUGAUCCCCACAACUCUCCCAAAGGCAAACCGGACCUGUCUACUCUCCGACCCCCAACCCGAGAUGACCCGGUUCAAGGCAACUACCUUUCCCAGAAAUCCCCGGUUAACGGCACUGACAUUCCCCCCAAAACUCUGGGUGCCCCUGCUCCCACUAGCUAUAACCGCUAUGUCCCGAAGCCUUACACAAGCUCUGCACGACCAUUUGAGCGCAAGUUUGAGAGCCCGAAAUUCAACCACAACCUGCUGCCCAAUGACACACAGGCCAAGCCCACUAUAGUGAACAACAACCCCAAAACUCACCUCUCACCUCAGCCUCUGGAGUCAGACAGUGGAGUGGACACGUUUACUCGUACGAUGGACAACAGGCCCAAAUAUCAGCACAACAACGUCAAUGCUAUCCCCAAGGCUAUCCCUGUCAGCCCCAGUGCUCUGGAUGAUGAUGACGACGAUGAAGGACACACAGUGGUUGCCACAGCUCGGGGCAUCUUUAACUGUAAUGGCGGGGUGUUGAGCUCCAUAGAGACAGGGGUGAGCAUCAUCAUUCCCCAAGGGGCCAUUCCUGAAAGCGUGGAGCAGGAGAUCUACUUUAAAGUGUGCAGGGACAACAGCAUCCUGCCACCGCUGGAUAAAGAGAAAGGUGAAACUCUGCUCAGUCCCCUGGUCAUGUGUGGGCCUCAUGGUCUGAAGUUUCUGAAGCCAGUGGAGCUGCGCCUACCACACUGUGCGUCUAUGACUCCUGAUGGUUGGUCUUUUGCUCUAAAAUCCUCCGACUCCUCGUCGGGUGACCCCAAAUGCUGGCAAAACAAAUCUCUCCCAGGGGACCCCAAUUACCUGGUGGGCGCUAACUGUGUGUCCGUGCUGAUUGACCACUUCUGAAGAGGACAACAGCUGGUCUGUUAUCAAAUGUGAAAGCGUCAGUGAAGAAGAACACGAGAAAGACUCCUCUCUUCCCCUUCAUCCCUGCUCUGUUACUUCCUGGGGAUUUGCUCCACUCUAUGAAGGAGUCUUUUUUUUUUGUUUGUUUUUUGGUCCUCUUCUUUUUUGCAGAGGGAGUUUAUUGUGCCCAAGAAUAUGCUCAGAGGACAAGGAGAGCACCCCCCCUGGUGCUGAAUCCCUGCAAAACCCCCUCCUCCUACUCCUCUUCUUCUUUUUUUGGUGCUUGAAGGCUUGCAAAAAAUGACAGAAUAAAUGAAUUCUUUAAGAGAACUGUUAAUAGAAUGCAUGACCAGUGCCACAGACCGACUGAAAUAAUCCCAUUUUGACAUUUGUAGCCUCUUCUCCAAAUAAUAAAAAAAGACAUUUCAAGUGAAAAAAUUUAAAUAAAUGACAUCAAAUAAUUCAUCAAAACAUUGCAAUUCUAUAUGCUCACAAACAAAAAAGUUGAUGUAUGCAGAACUUUUUUGUUUGUGAGGGCUGUGGUCAUGUGUGUUUUUGUGGUUGGGCGAGUGGGUGUGUGUGUGUGUGUGUGUAAGGAUCUGCAUAAGUCUGAGCCUACUCUUCUGGAACUUUGGAAUGAAGGACACUGAAAGACAUGAAGAAGAUGAUAUGAAGAAGUGCUUUUUGAAGGAUGUGGACUCUUCUGCUCAUUGCUGAUGGACUUCUUGACUUCUUCCUUCUGGCUUAAAAUGGGCUCAAUGUUUUGAACAGACCUUUUCUAGCGAUGUUUUACCAUAGACGAACACACUGACAUUGACUUUGGUUUUCCAAAUCUCCUGCUGUCUAGAGAUCUAUGCAUGUGCUAUGACUCAGGUCCAGAAGCCUGCUACUAAGUUCAGAACACAAACUUUCCCAUCUCUACACUGCGAGCAGUGAUGCCUUAUCUGCAUAUUAACUUUAAUUUAAGGAAAGACAUGCAAACUUCCCAUUUAAGUUCUAGAGUGGAAAUACUUAUGAAGGAUAUUAAAUUCUCUUACCGGUUUUUAACCCGUUAUGUCAGUGGACUUGGAUUUAGCACACAAAUAAUCAAGGCUAAUGAACAGGUAUGCUUUAUUUUACUGCUAUGCAUAUGAAGUCAAAGGAUAUACAAAACACUAGGAUAUGUUUAAAUUAUGGCUGUAUAUACUGCUAGCCUAUGGCCUUGGUUUGCUGUAAAUGAACUUUUGUACAUUUUUGUUAUUUUGUAUAAAAAAGUUAAGAUGGAGCAAAAAGUUUCUUUAAAAAAAAGAAAAAGAAAAAUCUAUUUCAUUGGUCAUGUUUAUAUUACAGUUAUACCCCUGAGCCUUGGAACUAAACUUAGCAGUAAUGAAAAAUUUAAAAUACAAAAAAAUAUAUAAAUAACUUUUCUACCAACAUAUACACAAACUCUACUUAAUGGCAUUUUUAACAAUAAGAAAACAAAACAUUUUUAUUCUUAUUUACAAAAUAGGAAAGUGCUCGGUUUAAAUAAUUUAAUGAAUCUGUACUUAAGAAUGGUCCGCUGUGGUGAGUGGUCCUCUACUUUAUUUGUGAUACUGGAUGCUGUAUUGUGUGCCCUGAAAUGUAUUUUUGUACUAGUAAACGAUUUAUUAAGGCACAUCAGUACUAUUUUCUUUUGAUAUAACAACACAGCUUCAACCCAAUAUUAGUUUCUUUUUCCUUGUGUGGCUGACAUUUUCUUUUUUUUGUUUUUCAUUUUUUUUCCUUUUAAUAUUUUGUUUUUCUUUGCAGCACAUUUCUAAGUAUACCACUGUAUUAAUAAAUAAAUUAAUUUUUAAAGUAACCUUGUGCUUCAGGUGUGAACACUGGAUAAGGGAGUGAAAUGGAGGGUGAUACACUUGGAUUGUGGCCAGUGUAAAUGGCACAAAGGUUGUUGUAAAAGCAAUAUCAUGGAGGUAAUGACCCCACUAUUGGUGCAAAAGGGCACUGGUUCCUAUUCACAGGAUAGUUUAGAGGGGGAAGAUGGUCAUCGACCCCGAUCCUCACUUUUACCCUUCCCCUACACACCAGUGCAGUCGUGACGAUGCUAUAUAUAACUAUCUAUGCCCAAUUUUUUUCUGCCUGAUUAAAUGAAGCCUUUUUAAAUCA